CCUCCUCUGAUCCUGAGUGGUCCUUUCCCUAUAUAAGGCUCCCGAAGCCGCUUUGACUGUAGAUGCACACCCCGCGUGCAGGCAACUCUCGGCAGAUCCUCACGGGAAUACAAGACAACCCUCAAGCAAGUGAAUUGUGACAGAAGACAAGCAGAGGUUGUGUCAGGACCAGCUCCCCUCACAUAUAAAAAACACACCAGUGUGUUCAGUCGUCGCAGUGUCAACAAUGGCCUUCAUCCCUCUCCUCACCCUCCUGCUGCUCUCCUUGCUCGGAAACUCGGCGUCUCUUUUCCUGCCCGACUCGCAAGAGCUUAGGCGGCUGUUGAGUCGUUACGAGGACCAAGAAGUGGGUCACAACAGCACCGGCCAAGAUGGAAGAGGCAGCAGGAGCAGACGUGCCAUCCGUUGGUCAGACCGAGAGGAGAUCCUCCAGCUGCACAACAAGCUGAGGGGCUCGGUGUACCCCAGUGCGGCCGACAUGGAGUACAUGGUGUGGGACGACGAACUGGAGAGGUCUGCCACUCACUGGGCUGAGAAUUGCCAGUGGGAUCAUGGACCACAGGACCUUCUCAUGUCCAUUGGGCAGAACCUGGCUGUUCACUGGGGCAGAUACCGCUCACCCGCCUUCCACGUUCAGGCCUGGUACGACGAGGUGAAAGACUACACCUAUCCCUACCCUCAGGAGUGCAACCCCUGGUGUCCUGAGCGCUGCUCCGGACCCAUGUGCACCCACUACACCCAGGUGGUUUGGUCCACCACAAGCAGAGUUGGCUGCGCCGUGCAUGUGUGUCCCAGGAUGAACGUGUGGGGGGAAACAUGGGAGAACGCCGUCUACCUCGUCUGCAACUACUCCCCAAAGGGCAACUGGAUCGGCGAAGCGCCCUACAAAAAUGGUCGCCCUUGUUCCCAGUGCCCUCCCAGCUACGGAGGAGGAUGCAGAAAUAAUUUGUGCUACAAAGACUCCCAGCGCACAGAGACUGAGGAUAUGAACGAAGUGGAGAAGCCUCAGGUGCCUGUCAUACCUCGCACAACCGCUAAACCCAAACCCAAACCCUCCGCUCCAAGGAAACCUGUGUCCAGGCCGUCCACACCCAGCAACCCAUCUUCAAGGAGUCCUAGUAACACCAACUUGGCUCAGAGCAUCAAGUGUGAGACCAGACUGCGAGACAAGUGCAGAGGAGUAACCUGCAACAGAUAUAAAUGUCCCGCUAAUUGCAUGAAUAGAAAAGGAAAAAUUUGGGGAACGCUCUACUACGAUGUGCAAUCGAGUAUUUGCCGCGCGGCCAUUCACUUUGGUGCAAUUGACAACAACGGAGGACUUGUAGACAUCACGAGGAUGGAAGCCAAGGUUCCCUUCUUUGUCAAAGCCACGAAAAAUUCUAUUGAGUCUUUCAGUAAAUACAAGCCAGGAAAUGCCUUUAUGAUGGCCAAAGUACAAGAAACCAAUAUCGACUGUUACACUACAGUUGCCGAAAUCUGCCCAUUCAAAAAGCCCCUCUCGCAUUGUCCAAGAGUCUUCUGUCCUUCUGACUGCAAGAGUCAACCCUCUUAUUGGUCACCAGUUAUUGGCAACAACAUCUACACUGACACCUCCAGCAUUUGUAAAGCGGCCAUCCAUGCAGGGGUGAUCCCACCAGACGGGGGCUUUGUGGACGUCCUGCCUCUGGACAAGAGAAAGAGUUAUGUUGGUGCGCUGAAAAAUGGCAUCCAGUCUGAAAGCAAGAGCAACACAGAGGGAGGCUCCUUCCGCGUCUUCACUGUGAGGGAGUGAGGCUUCUGUCAUCACAUCCUAAAGUCACCUGACCUGCUCUUGUGGAGCAGGGAGUGCUUGCAGGUUCGAUACCACCACGAACAUUCACGUGCCUUCGGCGGAAGCGGCGUCUCUCCGCAUAGUCUGAACUCUUUCCCCCUUAAGGUAAAGCAAGAAAAUCACGUUUUCCCACAUAGAGAAAACCUUUAGCAAGGCUUCACGUGUGAAUGUUGUAAAUUAUAAUGCAUUGAACAGCUGGUGCUGGGUCGAUGAAAGUUGUUAUGUUUACAUAAGUGUUAUUAAUAUUGUUUUCAUACGCAGGAAUGUAUACUGAUCACACUAUUUAAUCAGCGUGUACAUAAUAUAUAUAUAUUGAAGGAGUACCAUGUAAUAACAUUUUUCUCUUUUUUAUAUGUUAUCGUCUCUUUUUGCCACAUUUCCCCACUUCUGCAUUUACUUCUGCUUUUAUUUCCAAUGAAAAUAAUGUUUGCCUCCUCUACCCGACCCAAGACAGAUGAAUGUGUCACUUUUACAGUUAUAGAUGCAUUUUAUAUGUUGACAUGGGAGCCAUAAUUGGGAGUGUGGAAAGUUUCAUGUUCAAAAUGAUUGUUUAUGCACUUUUGUAAUAUCCUACAUUUCAAUGCAUUUUAUGUGAGAAAAGUGUCCAAAAUGGAAUAAAUUACAAACACGAACCAGGCCAAUCAGUCCUCAUGACCAGUAAAUCUUGUUCAUAUCAUAUUAAUGUAUGGCCACUAAGAAAAUCUCCGGCAUAUUUCUUUAUUCUA